UUUUUUUUAUUUUACGUUAUGUAAGUUAAUUAGUUAUUUUAAGUUUAACAACCACAUUUUUCAUGUUUAUUAAAUAAUGAAACACAUGUCCACAUUCUAAAUCAAUUAUAUAUAAAUAUAUGUCGAGUUUAUAUAAGUUUAUUUGACUAAAUUCAAUGAAUUGAUAAAAAAAACAAUAGAUACAGAAAGUUAAGAUUAAGUAACUUUUGCAGUGAAAUAUAAAUUAGGAAAGAGAAAUGUUAAAUUUUUUUUUAUUAAUUACUUUAUUGGCAUUGACUUGUAAAUAAGUGGUUGUUUUAAUGGUGAGUUUAUAUUUGUACUUCUAUUUUAAUAAGAUAUAUAGAUUCGCUUAUGCUCCCAAUUAAGUAGGAUUUUAAGCUUACAUCUGAUCUAAGCAUGUCUUAAUCAUAUCACUCAAGUAAAGAUCUAAGAUGAUUUAACUAACUACCCACUUACCGCUAUACCAAUUUGUUCUCGCACACCUAUCAUGAUGCCCAUCACUAUAAGAAGGGGAAGUAUCGAUAUCAAUCUUUGUAUGUAAAAUAUACUCAAAAUUGAUGAUAUACUUAUUGGGUAUAUAUAUAUAUAUAUAUAUUUACAACAUUUGGGAAUAUAUAUAUAUACCCGUAUAAGGAUAUUUUGAUCAAUGAUUUCGAGUCUCAAGUGAUUAAAUUGAAUGUACAAUAUAUUUUGUUUUAAAGAAUGAAAACAACAAGGUUUACAAAAAAAAAGGAGUGAAAACAACAAAGGGGACCUUGCUUUUAAAUUAGCACCUCAGACAGAAGGAAAAGGUAUCCACAGGGGUAACGUGGUGGCUGCUGUAGCACAACCUAGUCAAGUAUAUAAGAGUAAAUUUAAGAGAAAACAUACAAAUGUCCAAUACCAGUGUGCUAAUGCCAUCACUCUAUGUGUUCAUGUUAUAAGAUGAUCUUGACGAGUCAUAUAUUCAUGUUACCAACCUGCAAGACUCUUUUGGAGAAUGCAGCCACCCGCAUUACAUUUAUAUCGUUUUCUCAGAGCCCAAUAAACAUUUCAGCCUGAAAGUUAAGAAUUGCAAAUUAUUGAACAGCGCUUCUUUUUUACAUCUAUUGAACAGGGUUAUGGAGGAAAAGAUAUGGUUCAUGCUAGGGCAAAAAGAUAUGCCUAUUACCAUUGCUGAUGCUUUUAGAAUCUUUAGGAGUUCCUAAUUUAAAUAGCAUUCGUGUCUUCAGCCAAUAAUUCUACGUGUACAUAUAUGUUCUUGUUAUCAUUUAUUUAGGACGGUCUCACAGUUUUACUUAUAAAAUUCGAUGUAAAUGUUUUGCCAUUAAUAUAUAUAACUAAUGAUACAUAUAGACAUUUGUCCAAAAAUUUAUCAAUUACAUUGUGUAAAACUGCAUUAGUGAACGCUUCCCACAAUUAAAAAAAAGAAGUAAUUCUACUCCAGUUUGGGCUUCGACUCAAAUUAGCAACAAUUAAUAAUAGCUUCACCUUUUCUCAAUCUUGACUCUUUCAACGAAUAUUCUCGCCAUAAGCUCCUGACUAUCUCUCAUCCAAUGGAUCACCAACGCCAAAGAAAACAGAGACAGAGCGAGAAACAAGACAGUAACAAAGAAAAUUAGAAACAAAAAAAAACACAAGGUUCUUGAAAACAAGAGUAAAUGGCCAUGGCCUGGCUAAUAUGGCCGUUCCUACUAAUAUUCCUAACAGCACUUCCCGCAAAUUCAAUAACUGAAUCAGAAUCAUUGUUGAAGUUCAAGCAGUCAUUAACCUACGCCACGCCUCUCGAUUCUUGGACACCAGAUUCAGACCCUUGUGGAGGAGUGCAACAACUAUGGGUCGGAAUACUCUGCAACAAAAACUCAGUCUUUGGCCUACGGCUCGAACAGAUGGGUCUCUCAGGAACCAUCGACGUUGCCUCCUUAAUGGACUUACCAGCGUUACGCACCAUAAGCAUAAUGAACAACUCCUUCACCGGUGAUAUACCCGAAUUUAACCGGUUAACCGGUCUGAAAUCUAUUUAUUUAUCAGGUAACCGGUUCUCUGGUAACAUCCCUUCCAACUAUUUCUCAACAAUGGUUUCUCUGAAGAAAGUUUGGCUCUCAAACAACGAGUUCUCUGGUCUCAUUCCUCUCUCGUUGGCCACUAAGUUGCCUAAUCUAAUAACGUUACACCUCGAAAACAAUCAGUUCAUUGGGAAUAUACCGAACUUCACCCAACCGAGUUUAGUUGAUGUUGAUUUCUCAAACAACAGACUAACCGGAGGAAUACCAUCCGGUUUGUCGAAAUUCGACGUGAGUAUUUUCGCGGGGAAUCCUGGCCUUUGCGGUGAGAAGCUAGCAACUACAUGCACGCAGCCAAAAGAUGCGACUGCAUCGAUUUUAAUAGACGGGACAAUGAAAGAUGCGUAUAAGACCAAAUACUAUAUAGCAUUUGGUACACUAGGGUUCCUUUUAGUGGUUACCAUCAUCUCCUUGUUCUUCAAGAAGAAGAAAAAGAGGAGAAAGAGGAGGAAGAGGACACGUCGUGCCUCUGAACAAGACAGCAAUGACGACCAACAAAUCCAGGUAAUAGUUGACGGAUCAAGAACUGGUGGCUCGAGGCAGAGUAAGAGCAGUCGCUCCGGCGAGCUGAGUGAUAAAUCAACAGGUUUGACGGGGACGGAGACGGCGGAUUUGGUGAUGGUGAACAAAGAAAAGGGUGUUUUCGGUUUAUCAGACUUGAUGAAAGCAGAGGCUCACGUUCUCGGAAACUCCGGCGGCGGUGGCAGCCGGCCUACCAGCAGCGGAAGUGUGGGAUCUGCGUACAAGGCAGUGAUCGAGAGCGGUGUCACGGUGGUGGUGAAGCGUGUGACGGUGAUGAAUCAAGUGAGUUUAGACGUGUUCGACAAGGAGAUUAAAAACUUAGGUAGCUUGCGACACAAGAAUAUAUUAACACCUCUUGCUUACCAUUUCCGACAAGACGAGAAACUGCUUGUGUUCGAAUACGUCCCUAACUUGAGUCUUCUUCAUCGGUUACACGGCGAUCACGGGGAGGCUUCUCGGUUAGAUUGGCCUUCAAGGCUUAAAAUCAUCCUAGGAAUCGCGAGAGGGAUGUGUUACCUCCACAAGGAGUUAGGGUUUCUAAGCUUACCUCACGGAAACCUAAAGUCGAGUAAUAUAUUUCUCGCGGACGAGGACGAGCCACUCAUCUCCGAGUUCGGUCUACAAAGACUGAUUAACCUCGACGAUCAAGUUCAAUCUCUAGUAGCCUAUAACUCUCCCGAUGAAACCGUCUCUGCGAAGUCUGAUGUGUUUAGUUUCGGAGUCGUGGUCUUAGAGAUUCUCACAGGGAAGUUUCCUUCGCAAUACUCAGGAUUGAAUAGAGCCGGCGGGACGAAUGUGGUGGAGUGGAUUGGCUCCGCCUUGGAACAAGGUGUGUGGAUGGAUCUGCUUCAUCAUACGGUCGUAGCCGCCGCUGCUGAGGAUGAAACGUCGUCGGAGGAGAUAGAGAAUGUUUUACGGAUUGGUGUGAGGUGCACCGGAGAAGAUCCAGAUCGGCGGCCGAGUAUGGCUGAAGUCGUGGACGAACUAAUAACGAUGGAAGAUUCUAGCGACGACUUCAUCACCAUAGAAACUUAGCUUCACUUUUACUUUUGAGAUUCGAUGAGUUCCAACCGUUAGAUUUCGUGCAGAUUCACCAUUUUUGUAUUAAUUAUGAUUUUUCCCUUUUUAAAUUUGUAUAUGAUUCAAAUAUCAGUUGAGGUGAAUACAAAGGUUUCUUUUAACGUUUUGGGCAUAAUAGAUUGUUUCGCAUUUUUACUACCACUUGCAAACUUUAGUCUUAGAGAUGUGGAAGAUGUUAACAUGUUAACCAUGUUGAUGUAAAUCGAAUCAAGGUUGCGCAUAGCCUACUUUAAAGACCACACUAAAGCAACAACUAUUUGAGGAAAUGUUUACCCUAAAAAAAACUAUUUUGAGGAAAUCACAAAUAAGCUGCCUUUGCUUUGGAGCAGUCAAAAAGACGGUUUGUGUGCUGGUCCUAAUGGUGUGAAUGCUGAUUUGGCAAGAUGCAAGUGCAUAUGUAAGGUCAAUGGCUAAGAAAGGAACCCGCACGAGAAGCCCUAAUUAAGAGUUGUGUUUAUUAUAUAUUGAUGCUUAAAGGUAAGAGAGCGAGUUAAAGAAUCAUAGGUUAUAACUUAUAUGAUUGAUAGAUAGCUAAAGAGAUGAUAGAUAGCAUUGUAAACAGCUAGUACUCAAAAGGUAGAAGUUAAAAGUAUACAAUGAAUGCUAGUGAAAAGCAUUAGCGUAGAAUAUUUGUAAUUUCUUCUUGAAAACUCUGUUAUGAAUCUAGUUCUCAUAUCUUCUUGCAAAGCUUCCAUUUUUCAUUCUUCGUUACUCUGUUCAUGAGUAAGCCGUUUUGUCAAACCUUCAUCAUCUCUUGUUAUUGUUUCUUCUCUCGAGGGAAACUCGCCGUCUUCACAGUAGCACACACAUACACACAAAUCACAAUCGCGAUUUUAUUAUAAUCACAGAAAGUCACAAAUAACGAUUCAGUAAUAAAUCUAAUACUAGUUCUAUUGUGGGGUUCCAAAAAUAUAAGAACUGUUCGAAUAUUUAUGAAUAUCAGCUUGAUUUCUAUUCGGUUUGGGGUCUAAAUGCUCAGGGUUAGUCUCAAGUUACAAACGUGCAUGCUGUAAACUUUGGUAUUAGAGACACACCUUAGCACACGCACAAAAAACGUCAUUAGCGAUUUAACUAUCAAAGAAAUUCACAAAUUUACGUUCAAUACCAUGUUUUGUCGUCCAAUAAUAUGCCUAUAUCACGUGUUUGUGUAUACAUACGUACGUGAAGCAAAUAUUGAAAUUGUAUGACAGCUAAGCACAGCUGGAGAUUAACGGAUCGUGAAAUUAUUAUCGGUUUUUCUUCUUCUUCUUCCCCCUAUGAAUAAUUUAAUUAUUGCCAGGAUUUAUAGACAACAAAAUACCCAUCCCUGCAUUUGAUUAUUAACCACUCAUACUCUAGCUACGAACAAAAAAAUAAUAUGAGCACGAAUAAAUUAUACUAUUGGGUUACUAUAAUUAUUUUAUUAAAUUCUAAUAGGUUAGAUGCAAAUCAUGCAAUACUAUAAUAAGUUAAGUGGCACUAACUAUAAAUCUAUGCACAUUGAACCGGGACAAAUACUUCUGGAUUUAGUGAAUAUCCAAACAUCAAAUCAAAAUGUAUACUAUUGUCUAGAGUUAUAUAAUCGAUACAUCUAUUGACAUUUGCUUACCCAAUAAAUGU